AUGUUCAAUUUAAAAGGAAAAGCACUAUUCAAUGCCUCAACCAUAUUGGCUGCCAUUGGGUUUCUACUCUUUGGCUAUGAUCAAGGUGUAAUGUCUGGUAUCGUAACCAAUGAAGGAUUUCUGGAUCUAAUGGGAAGACCUGACUCUGCCACUCUGGGUGCAAUCGUCGCAUUGUACGAAAUCGGAUGUAUGUUUGGUGCCCUGGCAACUGGCAGACUGAGCGACAUCUUGGGCCGCCGUAAUACGAUCCGUCUUGGAUGUGUUAUUCUGGUGGUUGGCGCUGUUAUCCAGACCGCUACUACUCAUGUUGGCAUGACAAUUGUCUCGCGUAUCCUCACUGGUUUUGGAAACGGUAUGAACACUGCCACUGUUCCGGUCUACCAGUCAGAGAUGUCGCCUCCAAAGUCUCGCGGUGCACACAUUUGCUUUGAGUGCACACUUUUGGUGAUUGGUAUCGGAAUCGCAUAUUGGCUCGAGUAUGGUCUGUUCUUUGUCUCUGGAGAAGUUGCCUGGCGAUUUCCUUUGGCCUUCCAGAACGUGUUUGCCCUGUUGUUGAUUGCUGGCACCUUUGUUCUGCCAGAGACCCCACGCUGGCUGGUGUCCCAUGACCGAGAUGACGAAGCAAAGGAGGUCCUGGCUUGUUUAUGGUCAGACGGCGAUGUUAACCAUCCACGUUGCUUGGGCGAGUAUCAGGAAAUCAAGGAAGGAAUCGAACUUGAGCGUCGUGAGGGUAUUUCGUCUUACAAGGAGCUAUUCACCAAAGGAAAGUUCAAUAAUCGCUACAGAGUGUGCAUCGGGAUGCUCAGUCAGAUCAUCCAGCAGCUAUGUGGAAUCAAUGUGACAACAUAUUAUCUUGUCAGUGUGUUCAAGCAAGCCAACAUGUCAGACAGUAUGGCUAUGUUGAUGGCUGGUGUCGAUUCAAUCGUCUAUAUCCUUGGAUCUCUGGUUCCGAUAUUUCUGGUAGAAAGAGUUGGCCGACGCAAGAUCAUGCUCUGGGGACUGGUCACCCAGACGAUUACAUUGGUUUGCAUUGGAGGGUGUCAGAAGGCCGGCUUUGAUGGUUACAGCGCGGGUGGAAAUGCAGCAGCAGCCUUUACGAUGCUCUACAACUUUGUAUUCGGGGCUAGUUGGUUGAGUAUGGCAUGGCUCUAUCCGGCCGAGAUCUUCUCUACUGGCUUACGGGCAAAAGGAAACUCUCUUUCGACGGCUGCCAACUGGCUUGGCAACUUUGUAGUCGCUAUGAUUGCGCCUAUCCUGUUUGAACAUCUCAGUUACUGGACAUACAUUCUAUUUGCUGCCUUUAACAUCGUUUUCAUCCCUAUGGUCUAUUUCUGGUUUCCUGAAACAAAGGGUCUAUCCCUGGAGCAAAUCGAGAUCUUGUUUGCUACAGAUGAGUUCAAGGAAGAUGCAAAUGUGCGUGUAAUUCUUACUUUCUUUUUCAAUAUUUUCUCAUGGUGA